AUGGCCAACGAGGAAUACGUGACGGAUUCCAGUUCCGACUUUACAGAGUACUGGAUAGACUCAUUCUUGGGUAUAAAGGGUAACGAGUACUUUUGCGACAUAGAUGAUGAAUACAUACGUGAUCGUUUUAAUCUUACUGGGUUGAAUCAGGAAGUAUCAAAGCUUCCUACACUAAUAGAUAUAAUAACAGAUGUUAUUGAUAUUGACUCGCAGCCCGAAGAGCAUCGAGAGGCGUUGGAGCAUAAUGCAAGGAUAUUGUAUGGUUUAAUCCAUGCAAGAUACAUAUUGACUACACGGGGCUUGAAUAAAAUGUUUGAAAAGUUUCGUAAUGGUGAUUUUGGUUAUUGUCCGAGGGUCCAUUGUCAGCUAAAUCCUUUGUUGCCAAUAGGUUUAAACGAUCAGCCGCGUAUGGCCAGUGUUAAAUUGUACUGCUCCAAAUGUGAAGACUUGUACAAUCCCAAAUCAGGGCGUCAUUCAGUGAUUGAUGGUGCUUAUUUCGGCACCUCGUUUCCAGCUAUGUUUUUCCAGAAUUUCCCCAACAUGAUACCGAUACAUCCAAGGGAUACGUACGUGCCACGAGUAUUUGGGUUUAAAUUGCAUGAGUAUUCUAAAUUGAACCGAUGGAGAGAAUUGCAACGAUUGAAAUUGGAAAAGAGGUUGGCCAAAAGUGGCAUACAAAUAAAGAACGUAGUUGGUGGGUUCCAAGCUGAUUCCGGUCAGGCUGUGGCCCGUAAUGUAUAA